AUGUGUGUGUGUAUGUGUGUGCCCAAUGGGACUAUGCACCCUGGCACACUGGGCUUUGAAUACACCCUCUGGUCAGGUUCCAACCAAGGCUUCCAGAACAGAGGUGAAUAUAGAAGACAAACAUCACUCAUAGCUUCCCUUCUAAUAACAAAUGAUGCACACUCAUUAACAUACCCAACACGCUCUCAAAACAGUGCCCUGAGAGGAAGCUGAAGCUGACCACAGGAAAGAAAAGGGGAAUGUACUGGAGAAGAUGAAAAUUUGCUCCAUGCCUCACUUUUUCCGCUUUAUGCAAGACCUGCUGGUACCAAAGAAUAACUAUGGUGUGUUGGUAAAAAACCUGCAUUUUGGAACAAUCCCUGUGAGGCUGUUCCAACCCAAGACAGCCUCCUCUGGCCCCCGGCGAGGCAUCAUCUUCUACCAUGGAGGAGGUUGUGUGUUUGGUGGCCUGGAUUGUUACCACAACAUGUGCAGCUACCUGGCCCGGGAGACAGAUUCAGUGCUGCUGUCAGUGGGGUACCGUAAGCUUCCUGACCACCAUCACCCUGCUGCUUUCCUGGAUUGCCUGAAUGCCACUAUCCACUUCAUGAAAGACCUGAAAACCUAUGGGGUAGACCCUGCCAGGGUGGUGGUUAGUGGGGAAAGCGUUGGAGGUUUGGGUGCAGCCUCUAUUACCCAAAUGUUAUUGGGCAGACAAGAUCUUCCCCGGUUUCGGGCUCAGGUUCUGAUUUAUCCAAUUCUCCAGCAGAUCAAUUUUCAGUUACUAUCUUACCAGCAGAAUCAAAAUUCCCCAUUCCUACCUAGGAAAUUUUUGAUGAGCUGUGUGUGUAAGUAUUUGGCCAUUGACCUGUCUUGGAUGGAUGCUAUGUUGAAAGGUGCUGUUAUACCCCCAGACUAUUGGGAGAAGUACAACAAAUGGCUGAGCUCUGACAACAUCCCACAAAGAUUUAAGAGUCAAGGCACACAACCCAAAUUUCCUGGAAUUUUUAAUGAAACUGCCUAUCUGGAAACCAACAGUAUUUUCAAUUUAGAAGUUUCACCUCUACUGGCAGAUGACAAAACCAUUGCUCAGCUUCCUGAAGCAUUCCUGGUGAGCUGCGAGCAUGACAUUCUCCGUGAUGACACCUUGCUCUACAAGAAACGCUUGGAGGACCAGGGGGUCCCUGUGACCUGGUGCCAUGUGGAAGAUGGCUUUCAUGGGAGCAUGCUUUUAUUUGAUAAGAAUAUUUUCUCUUUUCCUUGUUCACAUAAGAUUAUGAAUUCUACAAUCAGUUACAUAAAGGGCAUAUGA